AUCUUAUCAAAACAUAUCAAUCGUUCCUCUGCGUCAGCCAGAACGUCUGCAGGGUUACUAGCGGGGCGAUAGAGUGUGUAGGAAACAUGGGCGAGAAACGCGACAAGGAGCAGGAACCUCUGCUGAGCCCCAGGGCCGCGCAGGCGUUCACCAAGGACACUCCCGUUGCUGUGUGCAGCGAGGCGCCGAAGAAAUGGGACGGUGGUAUCCUGAAUUGCUGCGGCAGCUGUGAUCUGCCCGGCUGCGCCACGUUCGGGCUGGUCCAGACAUGCCCUUGCUUUGCGUGGGGGCACAACCUGAAGCGCGCAUUCAAGAGCUCCCUGCUGCUGCAUGCAACCAUCUACUUCGUGCUCUUCGUCUUCGCGUCCCACCUGUACCUUGGAGCGAACCAGGCAGAAAUGAUGCUGUGCCCCGACGGCCCUCUGGACGAGGCCUCCUUCAUGGAGAAGCUUGCAGAUAACGGCAACCGGCGUCUGCUGCAUGACCACGGCAUGCAUGAGCAUGGGCCGGGCGAACACCAUGGAAAGCCUCCUGUGCCCACCCCAUGGGCCGACCUGCCAGAAGAGUGCCAAGCGGCGAUUUUCAUGAAGUACGAGACACUGUCGCUAUGCAUCAUUUGCUUCCUGAUCGGCGUUGCCUACUGCUCCUACAACCGCACCAUGCUGCGCCAGAAGUUUGGCAUCGCAGGCAGCCGCUUUGGGGACUUCUGCACAUGGUGCUGGUGUGCGCCUUGCGCUCUGUGUCAGGAGACGAGGACCAUCUGGAGCAACAAUGUGGUGGAGGGCGUCUGGCAUGGCCCCACACAGCUGCCCACUGUCACACCCCCUGCCCAGCAGUCUGUUGUGGGCCUGCCCGUGCCCAAGCAGGUUUGAGCGCAUCAGUCUGCUUGCAUGCGGGUCCACAUGAGCGGCCCAGGACGACCGCAAGUCAAAGCACGCAUUGGAGGGAGUGGGUCCUGUUUUCUCAAAGGGACACCAAGAGAUUUGUGAGGGUGCCCACUGCCAAGUGCGCUGAACGGCUGCUGUGUGCUGUUUGCAUUGUUUGCUACUGCGCAUGCGCAACAUCUAUCAAUUGAUCAAGACAACAGCGCUGUCUCUGCCUGUAAUGCCGAGCUGCAUUGCAGCGGAGGGGAUGUAUAUAACAAAUAUGCGGCACAUGUAGGUUAUUGAUCUGGAGUGAUGAUUGCGCCAUGUAUGGUUUUGAGUUCCAAGUGUUCGAUGUGAUGGGUGGUGCGGGAAUUUUUGGCUUUCCGAAUCGCGCCCGUUUUGUUCAUGAAUUUGAUCAACUUAUAAUUAUGCUGUUGACUGCAAGCCCAAUGUGAGUGCUGCGAAUACAUUUCUAUUACAUGAGGAGAAUAUUAUCAGAAGACCUUGCAAGGCAUGGUGGCUGCCUUCUAGAUUUGUGAUCCCCUCAAGAGUCUGUAGGGUGUGAUCCAUGGCAUUGUCAACCAAGUUGAUAUGUAUGGACAUGUCAACCAAGAUGAUAUGUAUGGACAUGUCGAGGGG